AUGGCCAACUUCACCAUUCGCAAUCUGACAAUUCAUCCAGUUGAGCUCGUUCAUGUUCAACGGUUCGAGAGCGAGAAAGUCAAGCAGGGCAGUGUUCUUCAAAAUGUGACGAGCGCCAUUUCUGGCUUCUUGAAUGCUACAGAGAGCAUCUCCCAUCAGAUCCACCCGAGAGGGGACUCAAUCAAGAAUGACGAUGUUUCCAUCCACGUCGAGCCGUUUCAAAUUGCUGAGACAGACAUCAGGGCCGCGGAUCCAGGAAAUGAAGUGGUUCGUUUGACUUUCAAAACGGAAGACCAUCGCUAUGAGACCGACAUUCCGAGCCCCAGCACGAAAUCGGCGGUAAUGAAAAAGCUGGAUGACGGGCCUCAUGAUCUGACUGUCGUAUACGUUCCAAAUGGCGCUCUGGUUGCAAUCUUCUCGUCCGCCAAACUCAAUGCCUGGAUGCAUGAACUUCAGGAUGAGUGGCCUCUUACCGUCCUCUCCAUUCCCGGCACUCACAAUUCGCCGACUUGCUAUACGGCACUUCCCUCGGUUCGCUGCCAGGCUGUUGGCAUUCCAGAACAGCUCCAGAAUGGUGUCCGGUUUCUGGACAUUCGGGUGUCGGCUAAUUCGGAUGACGACGUGCUCACUCUGGUUCACAGCGCAUUUCCAAUCUCCCUGACCGGGAAUAAAUACUUCGCUGACAUGCUUGAGGAUAUCUACAAGUUCCUAGAAGAGAAUCCUAGCGAGGUCAUCAUCAUGAGUGUUAAGCGCGAAGGUACCGGCAAAGGUAGCGAUGCUCAGAUGUCCAAGUACCUCAAGAAUGGAUAUGUUGACAAGCGGGCUGACCGCUGGUGGACCGAUCCCAGGGCUCCUAACCUCGGCGAGGCUCGUGGCAAGAUUGUCCUUGUACGCCGGUUUGCUCUGGAUGAUGAAAUGAGAGACGGAGGCUAUGGUGUGGACGCCCAAGAGUGGCCUGAUAACUGCGAGGAUGGCGUUGGAGGAGGAGGUGGCUUCCGCAUCCAAGAUUUCUAUGAAGUCACCGAGAGCCAAAACAUUGAAAAGAAGAUUGAGUACAGUCGCGGUCAACUCGAACGAGCUGCAGAACAGGCUUUCGCGCUCGCCGGGAUGACAGAUUACAACGCGGAAGCCCGACCUCCACCAUUCUUCGUCAACUUCCUCAGUGCCAGCAACUUCUUCAACGCAACAUGCUGGCCUGAAAGAAUUGCUGCCAAGGUAAAUCCAGCUGUGAUUGAGUAUCUGUGCGGGAAGCAUGGCCAGGAAGGCAAGGGCCCGAAGCAGCUCAGAGUUGGCUCUGCCGGAACUGGCAUCGUGAUUACUGACUGGGUUGGUGCAAACGAUAACUGGGACCUUAUCCGCUGCAUUGUGGGCAUGAACGCUCGCCUUCAGCUUCGAAAGUAG